AUGGCCGGAAGCACCCGGUAUCCUGGAAAACCGACGUCCGCGCCCGCGUGUUUCGCCCCGUCCCUCCCGGCCUCUCUCCCGUAUAUAUCCACCCUGCUCCAGCUAACAACUCACCAACGCAAGCAUCCAUCGCUUCAGCUCAGUUCUUCGACUGCGACUCACCAAUCAUCUACUGGGAUCACACGCUUCACAGACCAACCUCCACCAACGCAGUUCACAGGUCACUUCAUGGCGGCUGCAGCCAAGGCGUCUUGGAUGGCGGCGAUGAGCGUCGGCGCCGUGGAGGCGCUCAAGGACCAGGCCGGCCUCUGCCGCUGGAACUACGCUCUCAGGGCCAUUCACGGCGCAGCCAAGGGCAAGGCCAGUAUCCGCCGCGGUGCUGUGGUCUCGCAAGGCACGAAGCGGCCUCCGGCCUCUGCGGCGGCCGUGGCAGAGAGGCGGCGAGCGGAGAAGGCCGAGGAGGGGCUGCGGACGGUCAUGUACCUCAGCUGCUGGGGUCCCAACUAG